GCUCUGAGAUGGCAGAGGGCUUUCUGUGGUAUGCAGGCAUUCCUUUCCCUACCAAGUUUUGCAAAACUGAAGACAUCAAAGCAGCCUAUGAACAGUUUGUGGUGAAGGACAAGGACAUCAUCACAGUGACCUACCCCAGAUCAGGAACCAACUGGAUGAUUGAGAUUCUGUGUCUCAUUCUCAGCAAGGGGGAUCCAGAGUGGAUUCACUCUGUGCCCAUCUGGGAAAGAUCCCUGUCGAUUGAGUCUGAACUAGGAUCCAAAAUCAUAAGAGACAUGAAGGAGGGCCCCCGCCUGCUCACCUCCCACCUUCCCUUCCAACUCUUCCCCAAGUCUUUCCUCACUUCCAAGGCUAAGGUGAUCUAUGUCCUCAGGAAUCCAAAGGAUGUCCUUGUGUCCAGAUAUUAUUUCAUUUGCCAAUCAAAGUUCAUGAAGAAUCCAGAGUCACUGCAGCAGUAUUAUGAAUGGUUCAUCCAAGGCAAUGUGGCAUAUGGAUCUUGGUUUGCACACGUCCUGGGCUGGAUGUCUAUGCGAGAGAGCAAGAGCGUGCUGGUGCUCAGUUACGAGGCCCUCAAGAAGGACACGAGGAGCACUGUGGAGAAGAUCUGUCAGUUCCUGGGGAAGAAGCUGGAGCCUGAAGAGCUGGACUUGGUGGUGGAGAACAGCUCCUUCCAGGCCAUGAAGGAAAACAAGAUGUCCAAUUAUAGCUCAAUGGAUAGGAAUUACAUUUCUGCCGGUGUUGAAAUGAUAAGGAAAGGAAUGGUGGGGGACUGGAAGAACCACCUCACUGUAGCCCAGGCUGAAGCCUUCGACAAAAUAUUUCAGGAGAAGAUGGCAGGAUUUCCUCCGGAGCUGCUUCCAUGUGACUAAGGUACAGACUUACCUCUAUGUCUGUGGGGACAAAGGCUGGUGCCCCCUGAGGUCAGGGCAUAUCUGUCACUUGAUUCUGAUGGUUAGAAUGUUCAUGGGGUACAUUUGA